UUACCACAGAGUGAUUAUAUUCUCUGUGGUAAAAAAUUUUCAUGAGUCAGUGCGUAGAAAAACUUAAUUCAAGUUAGGUAUCUAAUUAAAUGUUCAAAUUAAAAGAAGUGUAAAAAACUACAAGUAAAGUUUAUUGUCGAACAAAAAUUGUGUGUGUGAAUUUGUGAAGCUAACAUUCCGAACACGGUCCUUCGAUUCCCGAUAAUGGAUGACAUCAACCAGUUGUUGGCCGUCCAAGAAGAUAGGGCGUCCAAAAUCAACAAAGCUUGCUCGAAUUUCAGGAAAACUCCCAAACAAAGAUUGAACUUAGCUUACGUAAACACUCGCUUAGAGUCGUUGGAGAAAACGUGGGAACUAUUUACGUCAAAUCACGACCGCAUAGUUGCAAUCGCAAGCACGGAAUUUAAGGCGGUCUCAAAUUACUUUACAAAAGAUAUAUAUGAAGACAUCGAGGAAGCAUAUAUAACUUAUAAAAGUGAGCUACAAAGUAAGAUCUUGGAGUUAACACCACAGGAGCUAGCCAGCAAAUCUUCCACAAGUUCGUACAACUCAGGACACACAGGCAAUGAAGUAAAAUUACCCACGAUAAACUUACCUACUUUUUCGGGACAAUAUACAGAGUGGCCGUCAUUCCACGACUUAUUCACGUCAUUAGUAGACAACAAUAAAAAUUUAGAUAGUGUAAAGAAACUUCACUAUUUGAAAUCUAGUUUAUCAGGAGAGGCGGAACAACUUUUGCGAUCAGUUACUAUAACUAGUGAUAAUUAUAGUCAGGCAUGGGCGACGCUUAAGCAAAGGUACAGCAACAAAAGGUACAUCUCUAAUUCUGUAUUUAAGAAGCUUUUUUCUUUAAAACCCUUAACGUCAGAGUCGGCUCAGAAUAUUAAGUCACUUUUAGACACAACUGUUGAAUGCUUGAAUCUGCUUAAUAACAUAGGUAUCAAAACAGAACACUGGGAUCCUAUCAUGGUGUACCUCACAGUUUCUAAGUUAGAUGUAGAGAGUCAUAAGUUGUGGGAGCUAAAUAGUUCUUCAGAGAGCGAAGUCCUACCUACUUUUGAAACAUUAAAACAUUUUAUAGAAAAUAGAUUCAGAUCCUUAGAGAUGAUAGAGCCAUCUAAGCCGUUACGGCCAGAGCCUCCGAGAACAACCAAACCUAAAAGUUUUCAUACAACAGCCACAGCUGAUUCCCCCAAAUGUGCACUCUGUAAUCAAGCUCAUCACUUAUACAACUGUAAACAAUUCUCAAAAAAGAGCAUUAAGGACAGAUAUGACUUUGUUCGCAGUGCAAACCUCUGUUUCAAUUGUUUUAUUCCAAAUCAUACAGUAGCUCGGUGCGGAAAACCAACUUGCUGUCGCAUAUGCUUUAAGAAACACCAUUCGCUCUUACAUCCCGAAAAAGAAGAUUCUAGCACUCAAGAACCUAGCACAGAAGCACAUACUAUGCAAUCAACCAGUAUUUCAACAAUUUCAACUCACUUUAUCAAUCAACCUGGUCAAGUUCUAUUGGCAACAGCUUUGGUGGACAUUAUAGGAAGGAACAAACAAACAAAUGUCUACCGUGCUCUCAUUGACCAGGGCUCACAGGCGUCGUUUGUGACUGAGAGUCUUGUACAAGCAUGUGGCUUGAAACGAGAAAGAAUCAGCGGCGUCAUUUCUGGAUUAAGUGAGGGCAAGCAACUCCGAACAAAAUACAUGGUUCAACUGGAAGUACAAUCAAGAUACAAACCACAUUUAGUUUUUCCAAUCAAUGCAUACGUUCUCAAGACACUCACAAGCUAUUUACCUUCGCAAGAAACCACAGUCUGUGACUGGCCAGACUUGGAGAACAUAACACUAGCAGACCCAGGUUACAACACCCCGAACAGAAUCGACCUCCUGCUAGGUGCUGAAGUUUAUAGCAAGAUCAUAGACAACGGCUUGAAGAAGAGUCCCAAUGGAGUAAUCGCUCAAUACACUCAUCUUGGCUGGAUAUUAUCCGGAAACACCUUGGGUGAUCAAUCUGCAAUAAAUAAACAAGUGAUCAGUAUGCAUAUAUGUACAUGUGAGAAUGAUCUCUUAAGAAAAUUUUGGGAAAUAGAAAAUGAAACACUCACCUCUAAGAGAAAACUUAGUGUUGAGGAACAACGGUGUGAAGACAUUUAUCAACAAACAGUAACGAGAACCAAUGAUGGUAGAUACAAGGUUAACUUACCUUUUAAAGAAGAUAUUCAGGAUCCUGUUGCUGCCUGUGGAGAAACUAAACAAAUGGCGAUAAAUAGAUUCAUGUCUCUGGAAAGAAAGUUAAGCAAGGAUGCCAUUCUUAAAGAAGAAUAUACAAAAGUCAUAAACGAGUAUUUGGAGCUUGGACAUAUGGCAAUAGCUGAUGGAAAUACAGAAAGGGCCAUAUACUUACCUCAUCGUGCUGUAGUAAGACAAGACAAGGAGACUUCUAAGGUCCGGGUAGUAUUUGAUGCUUCGGCCAAGGGGUCAAAGGGUGUUGCCCUUAAUGAUACCUUGUUGAUCGGACCUACAAUACAAAAAGAUCUGCUGACUUUGCUUAUGAAAUGGAGAAAAUACAAGAUUGCAAUUGUUAGUGACAUUGUUAAGAUGUACAGACAAGUCCUGAUAGCCAAUGAAGAUGCUGACCUGCAACGUAUUAUAUGGAGAAAUCACCCCGAUGAAUCACUUAAGUUUUACAAACUGUUAACAGUCACAUUUGGCACAGCCUCGGCUCCAUAUUUAGCAAUCCGCACAUUGUUUCAAGUUGCAGAAGAUGAAGGUCAAAAAUACCCUCUGGCAGCUGAAAUUGUUAAGAAUUCAUUCUACGUUGAUGAUCUCACAACUGGAUGUUAUACAAUUGAAGAAGGACGAGAGAUUUAUGAGCAAACAACAAAGUUACUACGUUGUGGUGGAUUUGAAUUACAAAAGUGGUCUAGCAAUUCAGCAGAAUUUUUAGAAGCAAUUAGUCAGAGCACCUGCAACAAUCAACAGCCGUUAGCAAUAAAACUAGAUAACAACAUGAAGAUAUUGGGUCUGAAAUGGGACAAACAAAAUGAUGAUUUCAAAUUUACAGUGAACCUAGGAGAACCCACAACACCAGUAACAAAGCGUAAUAUUUUAUCUGAUGUUGCAAAACUUUUUGACCCGUUUGGAUGGUUGUCACCAACAAUUGUAAUUGCAAAGAUGCUAAUGCAAAAAUUAUGGCUGUGUAGCUCCGACUGGGAUGAAGAGGUUCCAGCUCAGAUUCUUCAAGAGUGGAUCAACUACAGACAACAGUUAAAUCAUUUACAGGAUGUAAAAAUAAACAGAUGGAUUCAUAUUCAAAAGGAAAACACACAUCUUGAACUCCAUGGCUUCGCAGACGCUUCAAUUUCAGCAUAUGCUGCUGUGAUAUAUGUCAAAGUUAUACACAAUGGACAAGUUCGAAUUUCCAUGCUUGAAAGUAAAACAAAGGUUGCUCCACUUAAACAAAUCUCAAUUGCCAGACUGGAACUUUGUGCAGCGGUGUUGCUAGCCAGACUUUUAUCUCGAGCCACUGAAGUUUUAGAUGUGCCCAAGGAACGAGUAUAUGCAUACACAGAUUCAAUGAUAGUCUUGGCCUGGAUUCAAUCUCUACCUAUGAAAUGGCAAACAUUUGUAGGUAACAGAGUUGCAGAAAUUCAAACGCUGUUAGCAAAUGACCGAUGGAGCCAUGUUACGUCUGAACACAAUCCAGCUGAUUUGGCUUCUAGAGGAGUGUAUCCAGCUGAAUUGGUGGACAAAGAAAUGUGGUGGAACGGACCCUCAUGGUUAGCCACAGAAAAAUCAUCAGUGCAAAAGGCCCAAGUACCUGCAACAAAGGAAGAGGAACGGAAACAAAAAAUGAAAACUUUUAAUAUUAGUAUUGAGGAAGAUCCAAUCUACACAAGAUUCUCUUCGUUUACUAAGAUGAUCCGGGUACUUACCUAUUGCCGAAGGAUGCUCCAACUGAAAGACAAAAAGAAAAUUAGAAAUCAAACCACAAAAUAUUUGAGUAGUGAAGAAUUACAAGCAACAUUGAAUUGUAUAAUUAAAAUAGAUCAAGAAAUAGAUUUUAAAGAAGAAAUUAAAGACUUAAAAGAGAAACAACAAAUCAAAUUGAGAAGUAAACUAAUCACAUUAUCUCCUUACCUGGAUGAUACUGGAUUACUACGGGUUGGAGGUCGAUUGCAAGGUGCUAAAGUAGCUACAGAAAUUAAGCAUCCAAUUAUCUUAUCUCAAACAUCCCACAUCAGUUGGUUAUUAGUGAAUGAUACACAUACCAAGUUAUUACAUGGAGGAUAUGCGAUGUUAAUGAACUAUUUGAGAUCUCGUUAUUGGAUUAUUGGAUUGAAACAGUUAGUAAAGAAAUGCGCUCGCCAAUGCGUAACUUGCAUUCGACACAAAUCAUUGACACCACAACCCCCUAUGGGAAAUUUACCUGAGGUACGAGUCAACCCUGGAUGACCCUUUAAAUAUGCUGGAGUUGAUUAUGCAGGUCCAAUCCAGAUUCGAGCAACAAAGGGUAGAGGACAUAGAUCUUACAAAGGCUAUAUAUGUCUAUUCAUUUGUAUGAAAACAAGAGCGAUUCAUCUGGAAGCAGUAACUGACCUCACCUCUGCAGGGUUCCUCGCUGCUUACAGAAGAUUCACGUCCAGGCGAGGAAUUUGCGCCGAAAUCUGGAGCGAUAAUGGACUCAACUUUGUUGGAACGGCUAGAGAGCUCACUCUUAUGUUGAAUCAAGCUAAAAGCAGUUUCAGUCAGGAAGUUGCAGAGUUGCUUGCCAAUGAUGGCACCACUUGGCACUUCAUCCCACCUAGAGCACCUAAUUUUGGAUCAAUUUGGGAGGCUGGGGUAAAAUCAGUUAAAACACAUUUGGCCAGAGUAGUUGGAAACUCGACUCUAACAUUUGAAGAAAUCACAACGUUGCUGUACCAAAUAGAAGCCUGCCUGAAUUCUCGCCCUCUGUAUCAAAUGAGCGAUCAUCCCGAAGAUUUGACGCCUCUUACGCCUGCACAUUUCCUAGUAGGAGAGCCUUUGCUGUUGGUGCCAGAACAAAAUUACAAAGAGACACACUUAUCUAUCCUCGAUAGGUGGCGCCUAGUUCAGAGAAUGACGCAACACUUCUGGAAACGCUGGUCGGCAGAGUUUUUACAUACCCUUCAGCAGCGUUAUAAGUGGCGUACCAAAAUCGAACCACCACAAGUAGGAGAUCUGGUUGUUAUAAAAGAUGAGGACACACCACCAGCUAAAUGGCUGAUGGCAAAGAUUAUCAAACUCAGCCCUGGUCCUGACAAUGUUGUACGAGUUGCUACUGUGAAGACAAAGUCAUCAACAUUAACGAGGCCGCUGUCCAAGCUGGUCUUGUUACCCACGGAGAGGAGUUAAUGAAGAACGGAGUUCUUGGGGGCCGGCAUGUUCGCACCAUAGACCGACCCUUUGACAUUGACAAUGAGUGACAUUUAAGUGUAUGACAGAAACGAAAGUAGUGAUUAUAUUCUCUGUGGUAAAAAAUUUUCAUGAGUCAGUGCGUAGAAAAACUUAAUUCAAGUUAGGUAUCUAAUUAAAUGUUCAAAUUAAAAGAAGUGUAAAAAACUACAAGUAAAGUUUAUUGUCGAACAAAAAUUGUGUGUGUGAAUUUGUGAAGCUAACAUUCCG